AUGGAAGAGCACUUCGAUAUCGUCGUUGUCGGGGCGGGUCUGGCUGGCAUAAGCGCAGCGUAUCGAGUUCAAACUAUGCUACCGAACAGACAAUUUGUGAUUCUCGAGGCACGAGAGCGUAUCGGAGGAACUUGGGAUAUCUUCAAAUACCCGGGGAUCAGGUCAGAUUCCGACCUUACGACGUAUGGAUUCCCGUUCGCACCUUGGUCAAAAGAGCGGCAAAUUGCGAACGGUUCAGAAAUUGCGGAUUACAUCCAGGAAACUGUUAAAAGUUGUGGAUUAGAAAAUAAAAUACGACUUAGCCAUCGAGUCCUGACUGCAGAUUGGUGCUCGCGGGAGAAGAGGUGGAAGUUGACUGUUUCGGAGAAUGGGACCGAGGUCGUUAUCUACACGGAAUUCGUCAUGUGGGGGUCAGGAUAUUAUGACCAGUGGGAGGGUCUCAAUCCCAUUAUUCCUGGUAUCGAAAGGUUCGAAGGAAUAGUUGCUCAUCCGCAGUUCUGGCCAGAGGAUUUAGAUUACUCUAGUAAACGGGUAGUGGUGAUUGGUAGUGGAGCUACGGCUAUCACGUUGCUUCCGGCGAUGUCCAAAACUGCUGCGCAUGUUACAAUGCUACAGCGGAGUCCUAGCUACAUUCUUCCCAUACCUAUGAUUGCAGCUGAAGACCGAAUUUUGAGAGCCUACCUGCCGAAAUGGAUAUCAUCCCGACUUGUCCGGUGGAAGUAUCUUCUUCUACCCCGGCUGACGAUGGAGUUGUGUAGAUACUUCCCGGGGAUCAUUCGUGCAGGAAUGAGGAGACUAACUAAGGCUCUACUUCCUGUGCACAUCCCCCAAGAUCCACAUUUCGAACCUAAGUAUAAAAUGGGCGAACAAAGAAUCUGUCUUGCUCCUGAUGGAGACUUCUUUAAAUGUCUGCAUACACCUAACGCGAGUAUCUUAACCGACACUAUCGAAACGAUUACCUCAACUGGACUGGAAUUGGGAUCUGGCAAUAGAAUUUCAGCAGACAUCAUCGUAACCGCUACAGGUCUUAAGAUCCAGCUAUUUGGAGGAGCGCACGUUAAAGUCGAUGGUCAGAUUGUUAAUAUCAGCGAGAAAUAUGCAUGGAAUGGAACUAUGCUACAGGAUAUACCCAACGCGGCUAUGAUGAUUGGGUACACUAGUACAGCUUGGACUCUUGGAGCUGAUAUCAUGGCCCAACUGGUGAUUAAGGUUAUGGUGGCUAUGGAAAAGAGAGGAGCGAAGGUUGUAGUACCUAGAUUGGAUCUAGGGAUGGGGGUCAAUCCUGCACCGCUCUUAGAUAUUAAUGCUACGUAUGUCAAAGUUGCGGUUGGGAGCGUGCCGAUGGCGGGAGAUAGGGGGCCGUGGAGGCGGAGGACUGGAUAUUAUGAGGAUUGUUGGAAAGUGAGGUUCGGAGAUGUGACGCAAGAAUUGGUGUUUGAAUCAUGA